AUAGAGAGUUGUAGACAAUGUAGUUACAAGUAUAUAAACGGAGCUCACCAUCACCGUGUAUAAAUAAUAUAUUUUCACCAUUGCAAUUCAAACCAAAUCAAUAUAUCGCCGGAUAACGGCGGAUAACGGUGGUUUUGUUUUCUUUUGCAUCAUUCCGAUAUAAAAAAACUAGAACAACAUUAACAAAUGGGUCGAUCUCCAUGUUGCGAUAAGGUAGGGUUGAAGAAAGGACCGUGGACUCCCGAAGAAGAUCAAAAGCUUUUAGCUUAUAUUGAAGAACACGGGCAUGGAAGUUGGCGUGCUUUGCCUACGAAAGCGGGCUUGCAAAGAUGUGGGAAGAGUUGUAGGCUACGAUGGACGAAUUAUCUUCGACCCGAUAUAAAGAGAGGCAAAUUCACUGUUCAAGAAGAGCAAACUAUCAUUCAACUUCAUGCUCUCUUGGGAAAUAGGUGGUCAGCGAUAGCAACUCACCUUCCAAAGCGAACAGAUAAUGAGAUCAAGAACUAUUGGAACACUCAUCUUAAGAAGAGGUUGACGAAAAUGGGGAUUGAUCCAGUUAGCCACAAGCCGAAAAAUGAUACACUUUUGUGUAAUGAUGGUCAAUCAAAGACUGUGGCUAACUUGAGCCACAUGGCCCAGUGGGAGAGUGCUAGGCUCGAGGCUGAAGCUAGACUGGCCAAACAGUCUAGGCUUCGAUGCUCGAGUCCAUCUGAAAAGAUGGGGGGAUCAGGUGAAUCCUCGUCCCAUACACCACCUAUAGUCGGGGCGCCUACUACUAGGUCAUGCCUUGAUAUACUCAAGGCGUGGAAUAGGGUUUGCGGUAACAAACACAAUGACAUUAAUUAUGGGAAUGGAAACGGAGAUUUGGAAUCACCAACCUCCACAGUUUCCACCACCGGCGUAAAAGAAAGCUCAACCAACUUUGUUGGUGGGAACUCAUCUGGAUCUUGUGAUGAUGGCGAAGAAUGCGAUGAGCAAUGGGAAUGCAAAGAUGAAAGUCAUGAUCAAAUGGCCAAUUCCAUUCAAGGGUUCAAUGGAAUUAGCAUGUUAUCGGCCUGCAUCAAUGAUCAUAACAACAAUGGAAACCAACACAUGCUUGGUGGUGGUGGUUUCGUAGAGAGUUUUACAGAUCUUCUAUUGAAUAGUAGUUCAGGAACUAAUAAUCAUCGUAAUCUUGAGGUCGACGGUGAGUCAAACGUUGCUCUCGAACCUACCGGAGUCAACAACACUUGUUACGAGGACAAUAACAAGAAUUACUGGAAUAACAUUCUUGACUUGGUGAAUUCUUCGCUACAAGAUCCACCUCUCUUUUAGACUACCACCUCAAGUUGCAUUCUUUUCGUUCGUUGUUUUUCUGACCGUUGCAAUCGUUUGAGAUUUCAAACGAUUGUGGGUGUGACCAAAGCAGUCGUUUGAAGUUUCAAACGAUUGCAAGUGUGUUGUAAGAAAAAUGUUUGUUUCUAGGGUUUUUUUUAGUUUUUUAAUAGUUUAACGAUGUAAUAGUUACUAUUAAAACCGUUUAAUUAUCUCAUAAUGGUA